GAGAUAAGCAAAUAAAAUCUGAAACAUACUGGAGGAAGAAUUUAAGUCGUCAUCCAUUAGUCAAUUUGCAAACAUCGAAAAAUUUUUAAAGUUCUUUAAUACAUAUUUGUUUCGUCGAUAAGAAAUUGUGAAAUGUCUAGAAUACUUGCUGUGCCACCCAAGAAGCCGGCUGAGGUCGACAUCAUUAAACCGCUAAAUAAUCUCAUUCAAAGCACCUAUAGUGGAGCAAGUACCGAGGAAAAGGCCAAAUAUUCGGAAGCUGUAAAUGAAUUCUCAAAACAGCGCAACACAGCUAUAUGGAAGUUUUUCGAAAAAUAUGAAUCUUCCCUCGAGGUAGUUUAUGCUUACUAUGAUCAAAUAUGCUCUUUGGAAACUAAAAUUCCUGUAAAUGAACUUCAAAUCCCUUUUAAGUGGAAGGAUGCAUUUGACAAAGGCUCAAUUUUUGGUGGCCGCAUUAGUUUGACUCAUACAUCACUGCUAUAUGAAAAGGUAUGUGUGCUCUUCAAUAUUGCUUCAUUACAGAGCAAUGUAGCAGCAGCACAGGCUUUGGAUAGCGACGAAGGUUUAAAGCUUGCACUGAAGUUGCUCCAGCAAAGUGCAGGUAUAUUUCAGUAUCUUAAAAGUGCUACACCCGCCGCCAUACCAUCUGAACCUACCCCAGAUUUGAGUCAGGAUACAUUGAUUUGUUUGCAAGCAUUGAUGGUGGCGCAGGCCCAAGAGGUUUUCAUUUUAAAAGCCAUCAAAGACAAUAUGAAAGAUCAAAUUAUCGCUAAGCUUUGUUGCCAGUGCGAGGAAUUCUAUGCUGAUGUAUUGCGUGCCAUGCAAAAGGAGAGCGUGCGUAAUAUUUGGGAAAAAGAAUGGAUUCCUGCCAUUGCAGGCAAACAGGCAGGCUUUCACGCUUUAACACACCUAUACCAGAGUUUGGCAUGUCGCGCUGCAAAGCGUAUCGGUGAGGAAAUUGCACGUUUGCGUUCGGCUGUUGAGUUAUUUAAAGCGGCUCAAACUCGUUCUGGGAAUACUACCUACCUUGAUGAGUACUUUAGUCGUGCCAGGCGAAACCUAGAGGAAUCAACAAAGGACAAUGAGUUCAUCUACAAUGAAAUGAUACCGGAUGUAAAUUCCUUGCCAUCACCCGGAAAAGCACAGCUUGCUAAGGCGUUGCCAAUGACCUCACCAUUGGCGGUUAACUUUAAGGAUAUUUUCUCAGAAUUAGUACCAGUUGAGUUACAUCGUGCAUUGACUGCAUCCGACAUGCGUAAGAAUGAAAUAGUGAAUGGAGAAAUAAUGAAGCUUCGUGAGGCCACCCAGACGUUAAAUGGCGUACUAGCUAGUUUGAAUUUACCAGCAGCUAUUGAGACCACCGACGCUGGCAGUGGUCUACCACCUUCUCUACGUGAAAAGGCUAUCGAUGUUCGUAACAAAGGCGGUAUCGAGAGCAUAAAUACUUAUCUGAAAGAACUGCCUGAGUUAUUGCAACGUAAUCGAGAAAUAUUGGACGAAACAGAACGUUUACUGGAUGAAGAACGUGAUUCUGACAAUCAAUUGCGAAACCAAUUCAAGCAAAAGUGGACUCGAAUUCCCUCUGAUAAGCUUACAGAAAUGUUUCGGACAAACGCGAAAAAAUAUCGUGAAGUAAUCACAAAUGCUAUUGAAGCAGACAAAAUUGUGCGCCAAAAAUUCGAAACUAAUCAGAAGGGCAUAGAAUUGCUUUCGAUGGCUCCGGAGCAAAUACAGGAAGCAAUGCCCGCAUCUGGAGGUAGCGUCGAUCAGAACUGCAGUAGUGUGCAAAGAUUGAAGAGUCUCAUGGAAGCCGUGGAAACUAUAAAAGCUGAACGUGAUUCCAUAGAAUUGGAGCUAAAGUCGGCUUCAUUUAAUAUGAAAGAUGAAUUUUUGUCAGCAUUGCAAAAGGAUGGCGCUAUAGACGAGCCAGCAAUAUCCCUCUCCCGUAUCGGGCAAGUUUUGAAUCCACUGCAAUCGCAGGUAAAGGAAAGUGUAGAACGUCAGACCACACUGAUUAGUGACAUUCAGCAAGCACACGAGCAAUUCGCUUCUGAAACCGGUAGUUGUGGUAGUUCACGCGAUAAGCUCUAUCAAGAAUUGGCAACCGCCUAUGACAGUUUUAUUGAGUUGCUGGGCAAUUUGAAAGAAGGCACCAAAUUCUAUAAUGACUUAACUGAACUGUUGGUGGUAUUCCAAAAUAAAAUUUCAGAUUUUUGUUUUGCGCGUAAAACCGAAAAGGAGGAACUUUUGAAGGACUUGACAACUGAGUCUAGUCGCCCGGCAAUUGGUCCAACACCAACACUACCAUCGCAUUAUUCGUCUACGUCAGGAAAUGAUGUAAGCCCAUCCAGUUCAACAUCAUCCGUUCCGGACGCUCCAGCACAUUCGGCCGGAAAUGUGCCCUACCCACAUCAAAUGCAAGGCAUGCCGAUGCCAUAUGGCGCCACACCGAACGUUCCAUACCCAACAUACGUUCCGCCACCAAUGCCACAAGGAUUUAAUCCGUAUGCAACGCUGCCUUAUCCAGGAACGCCUUAUCAGUAUAGUGGUUUCCCACAGGGUCCGCAGCCCGGACACUAUGGCACUUAUCCUGGCAGCUUUGCUCAUCAACAGGGUGGCUAUCCUAAUCAGAAACCACCAGGCUGGUAAAAUGUGCGCUGCAUAUUAUGAAACUCUUCCACAACUUCAAUGCCUUGUUAUGUUGUACGUUUUUAUUUUAUUGUUUCCCUGAAUCAGUGGAAGGGAGUAUUUUUUAUAAUUGUAAAGUUUUGCACUUGAAUUCACUUAUCGAAAUUAUUUAGUAUUAUAGUCCAAGCUUACAGCAAUAUUGCAAAAAUACAUAUUUACUGGUACACAUAUAUAAAUAUAUAUGAACAUUAAAUAUUGGAAGCAUUAAUUAAUAAAAAUAAAUAAU